GCUGAGUCCUUGUGUAAAGAAUUUUUGAAUUUUUUUCCUAAAAGUUAUUCUUUGAAAUGCAUUUUAGCUUACAUUUAUAGAUGCCUUAAUAAUUAUGAACAAGCACAUUUAUACUUAAAUGAAGCUAUUAAUUUAAAACCAAGACGACCAAUUGCUUAUUUAAUUCGUGGUGAAAUACUUUUUUGGCAAAAUGACUAUGAAACAGCAGUAGAUAAUUUGUGGAAAUCAAAAAAAUUAUAACGUUAAAAUUAAUAACUUAUAUAUAAUGCUUGGAAAUAGUUUUCUUGCUUUAAUGUCUCAUUCAAUAUUUAAUUUUACUGGUUAUUCUAGCUAUUAUAAUUUUGCUUUAGAAAAUUAUAAUAUUGUAUUAAAAAAUGAUCCAAAUAAUUAUUUCUGCCUUAAGAGUUGUGUAUACAGUUAUGAGAAGAAUAGAGAAUUUUCAAAAUCUUUAAAAAUGUUAGAUAAAUUGUUAAAUAUCAAUAAGGAUGAUUCUUUGAUUUUAUGUUAUUAUGGAGAAAUUUUAUGUAAUAUGAUACAAUAUAAUGAUGCUAUAUUAUAUUUCACAAAAGCAAAUAUUAUUGAUCCAGAAAAUACUCAUAAUUUAAACAAGAGAGCUAUUACAUAUUAUAUUCUUCAAGAAUAUGAUAAAGUUUUAUUAGAUCUUGACAAAAUUAUACGAUUAGAUCCAUUAAAUAGUUUAGCAUAUUAUCUCAAGUGUCUAACAUAUUAUACAAAGAAAGAUAUUGAUAACGCUAAAAUAGUAUUUAAGAAGUAUAAAAAAUUAUUUUGUUCUGACAAUAAUAUAUUAGCAAAAAUUCAAUUGUUUCAUCUAGAGUAUUUACUGAAUAAAACUAGUUCUGAAGAAUUAAACUGUGGUAUAUUAACAAAAAUCAAUCAAGUUUCUAAUAUUGAAAAUAAUAAUCUACUACUUUUAAUUAGAUGCAAAAUAUAUAUAGAAUUAAAAAUGUUCCAUGAAGCAAAAAUAAUGGAUUUUUGGUUAUCCAUAAAUGUUAAUAAUAAUAAUGAUUUCUCAACACUUGGAAUUAUCAAUGAAUUUAGUAAAUACAUUUAUGAAAAAUUAAAUGUUUAUUUAAUAUCAAACUUAGUAAAUCUAAAUAGUGAACUUUAUCAAUUUCAAGAAAAUGAUGCAAAUAGUUUAUCAGGAAAGGUGAUAAAUUCAAAAAAUGAAAAACUUCAUUUGGAUUCUCCUACACUAGUAAAUGAGUUUGCAAACUAUACUAAUAUUAUUUGGAAAAUAUAUGUUAAAAAAAUAUUACAUACAGAUUGUUUUAUAAAAUUUAUUUUUAAAGAUAUUGAUUCUAACCAACAGAAGCAUAUGUUAAAAUAUGAAGACUUAUCAAAACUUGAGGGAUUAGGUUGGAUUGAAUAUCAGCUUCCAAUAACUGCAUAUAAUCCACAACUUUCAAUUGAAAUAAAUGGUUCUAUUAAUAUGCAAAUAGAUUAUGUUCGAUUUGGGUAUAACUGCGAAAUGAUAACUUACAUUCCUAAUAUGGGUGAUUUGUUACCAGCUUAUUACAAACUUUGUCCAAAUGUCCCAGAAAUUUUUAAAGAUAAAUUCUUUUCAAGAAAAGAAAUGAAAAACUUACUUGAAUUGAAAGAUAUAAUUAAUAAUUUAAAAUGA